UCUUGACGUCCGAAAUGGCGUAGCAGAUCUCAUAGGUUAUCCCGAUAAUAACGGAAAUGCCACCCGCCCCGGGCCUUCUUCCCUCCUUCUCCACCGCCUGCUCCUCCCCUUCUCCCCUCCUCUACUCCAAAGACAAGAAGCCACGAUCCUUCCACGCCGCGCCGAACCCCACGUCACUUUCGCGCCGCGUUUACGCCCUUUUGAUUAUAUCUGUCCUCUGCCUUGCCGCCGGCCUCGGCGGGAUCGCCUUCACCGCCGCCAACCUCCGGCGGCCACCGAGAACUGUGACGGUUUUUCGAUGCGGACGUGCGGAGGACUCGCUCAGGACCUACCGAUCCAAAGUCCUUGGGGAGGAGGGGCUUACGGCGAGGCCGAAGAUCCUCGGAUUCGUCGGGGUGCAGACAGGGUUUUCCUCGCAGGAUCGUCGCGCAGCUCUGCGGAACACUUGGUUUCCGGCGAGUACAGAGGGUUUGAUGAGUUUAGAACAAUCUACUGGAUUAGCUUUCAGAUUUGUUAUUGGACGAACAAAAGAUUCCAAAAAGAUGGCUGAUCUUAAGAAAGAAGAGGAGAAUUAUCAUGAUUUUAUGUUUAUUGAUAUUGAAGAAGAGUAUGCAAAACUUCCUUAUAAAACGUUGGCAUUUUUCAAAGCAGCGUUCAAGCUUUUUGAUGCAGAAUUUUAUGUUAAGGCAGAUGAUGAUAUUUAUCUUAGACCAGACCGGCUCGCCACUCUCUUGGCCAAGGAUCGUGCUCAUCGCCGCACUUAUAUUGGUUGUAUGAAAAAGGGUCCCAUAAUCACUAAUCCAAAGUUGAAAUGGUUUGAAAGCUCUGGUCAUCUUCUUGGGAAUGAAUAUUUCCUUCAUGCAUAUGGACCAAUAUAUGCCUUGUCCGCAGAAGUGGUAGCAUCUCUUGCAGAAGCAAGAAAUGACAGUCUGAGAAUGUUCGACAAUGAGGAUGUCACCAUAGGUUCUUGGAUGCUUGCCAUGAAUGUCCAUCAUGAAGAUAACCGGGCAAUAUGUGAUCCCAAGUGUACACCAAAUUCAAUUGCCAUCUGGGAUUUACCAAGAUGUUCAGGUUUGUGCAACCCUGUAGAUCGCAUGAAGGAGUUGCAUAGUAUCAGCAUGUGCUCUCAGAGUCCAACUCUGCCUUCUGAGGAGGACAUGUGAAGAUUCUGACUCUGUACUACCAUAGAUUUUGUGCUUGUUCUGGUUCUUCAAACUCUGGAAAGUCUGGUAUGUUCUAACAAGGCUCCUCCCCGCCCAGUAGAAGCUUUCUACUUCUGAAAUAAGAGCUUCUAAAAUAAUUUUCAAUGGCAUGUCAUUGUUUCUAUAGAGAGAAAAUAAUGGUUGGAUUAGAGCAUUGUUGGAUUAACAAAUAUAUUUUUUAGGAUUAUACAUUUUUUUAAUGUGCUCAAACAAGAUUGUCCUCUGAACACUUUUUUUUUUUGCUAUGUUAUUUUUAGCAGGAAUGUAAACAUAUUUUAUACAUUUGAUUUGUAAAUAGUAAUGACAUAUGACAUUUCUUUAA